AUAGGCAACUGUUCGACGAAUGCGAUUGCUUAAGUUGAAGCACAACUACCAUACCGACUAUCGUAUUGCCCGUUGUUUUAUAGACAAAUAACCAUUUCCGAUUGGCAAACAACACAUUCGCCACAAUGCAGACAAUGAAGGCAGUCAAAGAUUCGUUUUGGUUUUUGGUUUCCUUCCCGAAAUAUUAUGACCUUUAACGUGAAUUCAAGCUAAAAGCACAAGCGAAAACGAUCAGUAAUCAGCCAACGGCAAAGGGAACAAAUUAGGGUGAAAAUGUCAAGUCGGAAUGCUUUGCAAACCAUCGUCUUUAAUUUUUUACGUUUCAAUACGAUUGCAAACGGAUUGCGAUGAGUCAGGGAGUACGGUACACUAAGUGUAGCAUGUUAACGAAAACAAUGGAUCAUUUUAAUGCGAAACGAUCGCACACGCUCACUCGCUCGCUUUUUUAUUGGUUUGUGCAUUAGCUUAGAGUUUUAUCAACCGGUCGUCCGGUGGGCAUUGCCGUCCUGCGACGAUAGUUUGUUUUAUCUCUACUUAUUAUUCACCGCCCCUCUUCUUUUAUCAUUUACAUUUAGUUAUUCAGGGUGAUGGUGUGCAAUCUAUUCAGUUUAGUUUUCGUUAAUUGGCCUCUUGAGAAUAUCGUUUUCUAUUUCGAUACCUUCACCACACGGCAGACAAUUUUUGAUGAAUUGCGAUGCUUCCUGUUUACAGCCUCGUUGAACAGAGGUUUAUUGAACUGUUAUGCUUACUAUAAUUUCUUUUUAGAUUUAAGCGCUUCCCUUAGGUCAUGGCAAGAUAAAUCAUUUUCCAAUUGGUCAACAAUUAACAUUCAUUUGGACAACAGAUAUUUUCAGAACAUAGGUAGAAUGGAAAUCUACAAUUGCACAUCUACUUUUCAAACAUUAAAAGCGAAUUGAAUUCACUCAGUAUUACUACCGAUCCCGAUCCAACAGCCAGCCAAUAGCAUUGAAUAGAACUUUUUCCUCACAUCCAAGACUUAAUCUCACACUCCACGGUGAGUAACGAAUACAUUCCCUCUCGUCAAAUCUCUUAAAUGACGAUAGAGUUUCGCCCCAUCAAAUAAUCCGAUGGAGCAUCUGCGUAUGUACGCAGUGAUCGAUAGUUAAGUUAAAGAUAAAACUGUUCACGUAAACUUUAACAAGUUGCCAGAAAACUCAGAUUUCUAACCACUAGCAGCAGUCCAAUCGAGCAGAUGAUUCAAGAAGUUCACUACCUUCAGCAUCGCGUAUAUAGUUCCAAUAGAAUGCCAGCACUUCUAAGUUGUGAUCUUGGAAGGUUUGUCCAAUGUAUCUCUUUUUUUCAGCCCAACCAAUCAUGGAUUAAUGAUAAUUACACCAGCAAAGGGAAAUAAGAAAGCCGACGAAAAGUAGCAUGGUACACGGCGCCGAUUUGUGAAUCACAGCAUAUCAUAUAGCUAUUGUUGUUGUUUGAUAUAGCGAUUUGGUUGGUCCGAUGAAGCGAAGAUCAGAUUUUAAAUUGUUAAUAGAAGUGAAACAGUAGCGCGGUGGUACAUACGAUCAUGGUACGAUCAUAUACGGACGGAAUAAUUAAGGCGAAUAGUCAACACUAAGAUCAUCUAUGCGACAAAGAAACCCCUUUAUGAUGCCUUUAAUGCUGAAUUCCAUGUUUUCUGAGCAGUCAAAAAAGGUGCUUGCGAGAGCAAAAAACAAAACGGCUCAAGGUCAUUGCCACAAGUACGUAUUGUGGCAAAAUUUGAAGCUGGUUUUUUCAUUCUGGGUUGGCAUGUUUAACUGUUUUUUAGUUUUUAUCUCGGUUGUCUUCUUCAGGACCGUGGGUCACUAGAAAAGUUUAAAAAAUAUAAGAACACACUGGUUGCAAAACGGACGAAUGAAAUAAAUGGAAAUGGUCGGUAA